CAAUAGGCAUGUGAAACAGGGGAAUACGUCGAGCACCCCACGGGCUCACAAGUAGUGAUGACGGCCUGGGCUCUGAUUGGCCUGAUGAAGGCCAACUACCCCGACAAGAAGCCCAUCAUGAAGGGCAUCAAGCUUCUCAUGGAGCGCCAGCAGCCUAACGGCGAGUGGCUGCAGGAGGCGAUCGAGGGCGUCUUCAACAAGAGCUGCAUGAUCUCGUACCCCAACUACAAGUUCACAUUCCCCAUGAAGGCCUUGGGUAUGUUUGCGCACAAGUACCCUGAUGAGACUGUCGUUUAGGCAGUGCUGGGAGAACCCGAGUCAGGAGUGGGCCGGAAGGGAUAUGUAAUGCUUAAUCUUGUAAUCAUUGUGUCUCGCCGAAUAUCAAUUCGUUUGUUUUUCUCGUUCGCUAAGCUAAUCCUUGUUUGGCAUCCUUCGCAUCACCGGGGUUUGUAUGUGUGCCAGCGGUAUUCC